AUGAUUCAGAGACAAAACCGGCCGACUGACCGCCGCCGAAUUCUCACCUCUCCGGCGGUCCAUCCCUGCGAGAACAUCUCUCAGGCGACUCUGCUGGCCUCGCUGAUCCACCUCGCGGCGACGAUUUGCCAGCGCGGGAAACAAUUCGUGACACAGAGGAAGAAUGCUCGCAGAGCAAUUCGGAAAGUCGGGAUUCUCCUCAUGUUCUUGGAGGAGAUCAGAGACUGCGAGCUGGUUUUCUCGGACUCUGUUUUCCUCUGCUUCUCCGAGCUCCACCUCGCCUUCCAGAAAAUUCUCUUCCUGUUGGAAGAUUUGGGGCGGGAAGACGCCACGCUGUGGGUUCUGAUGAAGUCGGAAUUCGUGGCGGGACAGUUCAGGAUGCUGAUCGGGUCGAUCGCCACGGCGAUCGAGAUCUUACCGCUCGAUUCGAUGAACAUUUGCGGCGAGGUGAAGGAGUAUGUUGAGCUGGUGGUGAAGCAUGGGCGGAAUGGGGAAAUGGAGGUGGACCCAGAUGAGGAAUUGGUGGGGAAGCAGGUUGAAUCGGUGUUGAAUUGUUUUGAUAGAGGAAUCGAGCCCGAUUUCGAUUUCGUGAAGCGCAUUCUCGAUUUCGUCGGGAUCAGGACGUGGAGUCACUGCAACGGUCAAAUUGAAUUUCUGGAGGAGCAAAUCGAGCUUCGGAGCUCCGGUGGCGAGGGGGAACAACGAGAGGUGUCGUUCCUGAGUAGUUGGUUGGGAGUUUUGAGCUACUGCAGGGGAGUAAUUUUCUUCCAAACUCUGGAUUCUAAUGCAGGGGAAGAAGAACAGAGUGAGACCGGAAUCAUUUCGGAGAAGCUCGGCUGCUUAAACCCAGAAGAUUUCCGCUGCCCAAUUUCGCUCGAACUAAUGACCGAUCCCGUAACAGUAUCCACCGGCCAGACAUACGACCGAUCGUCGAUACAGAAGUGGCUGAAAUCGGGGAACACGACGUGCCCCAAAACAGGGGAGCGCCUGCAGAGCAAAGAGCUUGUCCCGAAUACAAGUCUCCGCAACGUAAUCCACCAAUUCUGCAUCGAUCGCGGCAUCUCCCUCCCGACAGCCGCAACCCAAGGCGGCUCGAACAUCGCCGGAACCAUAAACCCAGGAAGCAAUUCCGCCGCCGCGGCGAUGAGAUUCCUGUCCAGGUUUCUGGCAAGGAGGCUGGUUUUCGGAACGGAGGAGGAGAAGAACAAGGCGGCGUACGAGGUCCGAUUGCUUUCCAAAUCCAACAUCUUCAACAGGGGGUGUUUGAUUCAAGCAGGGGUAAUUCUCCCCCUGCUGAACCUCCUGAAUUCCUCUGCAUCUCAAGAGAACGCCAUUGCAGCCCUGUUGAAGCUCUCGAAGCACGCCGGCGGGAAGAGGGCAAUCGUCGAGAACGAUGGAAUUCGAUCGAUUCUAGCCGUUCUGAAAAACGGGUCGAGCUCGGAGUCGAAGCAAAUCGCGGCGGCGACGAUUUUCUACCUGUCGUCGGUGAAAGGGUACAGAAAGCUGAUCGGGGAAACUCCGGAAGCAAUCCCAGGGCUGAUUGAGCUUAUCAGAAGCGGAACCCACUGCGGGAAGAAGAACGCCGUGGUGGCGCUCUUUGGGCUUCUAAUGUACCAGGGGAACAGCCAGAGAGUGCUGAGGAACGGCGCCGUUCCAGUCCUAAUCGACGUCGUUUUGGGUUCCGACAAGGAGGAGCUCGUGGCGGAUUCGCUGGCGGUGCUGGCUUCCCUGGCGGAGACGGUGGAAGGGACGAUCGAGCUCGUGAGGAAUUCGGGUUUGGCUGUGGCGAUUAAGGGUCUGCAAUCGAUGCGGUCGGUGCGUGGUGGGAAAGAGCACUGCAUCUCGAUGUUGUGGUCUCUGUGCAAGAAUGGCGGAGCGGAAGUGGUGGAGGCGUUGGCGGGGGAGCAAUCGGUGAUGGGUUCGCUGUAUUCGGCGGCGACGGAAGGGAGUUCGGCGAGUGGGAGGGGAAAGGCGAGGGAUUUGAUCAAGGUUUUGCAGAGGUUCUGCGAGACGGGUGCUUUGGGGGAUUUCUUGGAUUCGGAUGGUCCAUGCGAAAGGCCUCAACUUCGUGAGUUGUGA